GAUAAUACAAACUCGACAUCAUGAUCACGAAGGUGGAUCAGUAUCCAAGUUAUUGUCGCGGGAACAAGUAGCCGUGAAAGAAAGCCGGAGAAAAUGCAGUCUAUUUUGGAUAGCACGGAUGUAUCAAAGAGAAAAAAUUCGGAGUCUGAGAUUCAAGAUCAUCCGGACAAUUUAGCCAACUUCGAGAUACAAGAAGAGAAGCUGAAAUAUCCGAAGGCGGUAUUGUUCAUCGUCAGCAAUGAAUUCUGCGAGAGGUUUUCCUUCUAUGGGAUACGCACUGUCCUGACGCUAUACUUAAAGAACAUACUAAGCUACUCCGAGAACACGUCUACUGUAAUUUACCAUAUUUUCACCAUGUUUGUCUACUUCUUCCCGCUAUUCGGUGCGAUCCUGGCAGAUUCGUGGCUUGGAAAAUUCCGCACUAUCUUCUAUGUGAGCAUUAUUUACGCAAUCGGCCAACUACUCUUAACCAUGAGUGCGGCACCCACAUUAGUGGGAUUGCCUCCAAGAGAAUUCUCAUUACUGGGCCUACUCCUGAUAGCAAUCGGCACGGGUGGGAUAAAACCUUGCGUGUCGGCCUUUGGAGGCGACCAGUUUAUUUUACCGCAACAAGAGCGAUACCUGGCGAUGUUCUUUUCCCUUUUCUAUUUCUCCAUUAAUUCAGGCUCGUUGAUCUCCAGCUUCCUAACUCCCUGGCUACGUAGCAAUGUGAAAUGCUUAGGAGCGACAACUUGUUAUUCCUUGACAUUUCUAGUACCGGCCAUUCUGAUGAUUUUGUCUAUCGUGAUAUUCGUCGCCGGCAAACCAAUGUAUAGGAUAAUGCAACCCACGGGCAACGUCAUCGUCAAGGUUUCCAAGUGCGUUUCCCACGCCAUUUAUAAUAAAAUAAAGGGCAAAAACGGAAAACGCGACCACUGGCUCGACCAUGCUGACGAUACGUAUGAUCGUAAGCUGAUAGAUGACAUCAGAGUCUCGCUGCAGGUGUUGAAAUUGUUUAUACCGUUGCCGAUAUUCUGGGCCCUCUACGAUCAACAGGGUUCUCGAUGGACUUUUCAAGCCACUCGAAUGGACGGACAGAUCGGUAGUUUUCUACUAGAGCCCGAUCAAAUGCAGGUCGUCAACCCUCUGUUGAUCCUCGCUUUCGUGCCUCUUUUCGAAGUUUGCAUCUAUCCACUCUUUGCAAAAAUACAUCUAAUCGACACUCCUUUGAAGAAACUUGCUACCGGCACGCUUUUAGCUGCACUGGCUUUUGUCGUGACCGGCAUUGUUGAUCUACAACUCGAGAAAACAUUUCCAGUGUUACCGUCAACGGAAUCGGCUCAGCUUCGAAUCUUCAAUACGUUAAAUUGUCAUGUGGAUCUAAAAUUCGAGGAUAGAAAAUCAGUUACCGUAUAUCCGUUAAGCAUGUGGGCGGAUUUAAAUGUGAAGGUAAACGGAUCGAUUACACUACCCUACAUAGCAGAUUUCACAAAGUGCUACACAAACGGCUACUCCCAUUUGCAGCAGGACGCGGAAGGCAGUAUUACGGUUGAGGAGGCCACUGCAUCCUCUUGGGUCAUAACGCCUGACGGACUUAAUUACCACUACAAUGACACAGUGGAGAAGUCGCGCAACGGCAAACCAGUAGUUCGUGCUCUCAUUUAUGUUGCCCCCUCAUCGACUACCAACUCCGUGUUGAAAUUCGUUCGGAAAGGCGAGACGGUGAAUUCGAUAUCGUUCAACACGAGUACCUUUUCGCACUCGAAUCUCCAGGAACUAUAUCCGAACGAAUACAAUAUCUUCUUGGACAACAUUCAACUGCAAGAAAGCGUCGAAUUCAAACUUGGCGGUGUGUAUACCGUGGUGGGCUCCAACAUAGGUGAAAACAAGAUCUUCGGCCGAACGAUUAUGGUCACGCCGCCCAAUUCAAUGCACAUGAUGUGGCUGCUACCGCAGUACAUCAUCAUUACGAUGGCCGAAGUGAUGUUUUCGGUGACGGGCCUACAGUUUGCUUUCACCCAAGCACCGAAAAGCAUGAAAUCCCUACUGCAGGCAGGCUGGCUGCUGACCGUAGCCUUUGGCAAUCUUAUUGUGGUAAUCAUAUCGGAGGUGUCAAUCUUUGAUCGACAGGCAUACGAGUCCUUUCUUUACGCUGGUUUGAUGCUAGUGGAUAUGAUAAUCUUCAGCGUGAUGUCUCUGUUCUACAAAUAUGUGAAGAUACCGGACGAGGAAGACAAUAACGAUGAUAUAGCAUUGGAAAGAAAAAACGGGAAUAUUAAUAUCGCCUACAAUGAAGACGAGAAGUGACAACGACGAGGAAGGUGUCGUAAUUCUUUCUGUGUUCCUCGCUUACUCUCGAACAAUCAAAUGAAGACUAUCGUUCGUACAUCGAGAGUUGGCACAUUACUAUCGAAAAUUUAGUACGCUUAAAAAUAUGGCGAGAACAGUUCUUAAGGCUCUUGAUCCCUCGCAUUGUCUACUUAUUUUUAAUGACGUUAGAAACGAGAAAAUGCAUGCAACAUACGUUGAAAUAAAAAUAUAUAUCCAUAAAGUAACACUUGAAAUCGAUUAAACAAAUUUGUAAAAUAUUCCGUGCACUC